GCGAGCGGCUGCGUCCUCUCAGGGUUGGCCCGGCUUGUCCCGGGCCUUGGCCUCAGGACAAAGUAUAGACACAUGAACAAAAGACGGAAAUUCCUUUUUGCCUCUGUACUUGCUCUCCAGAAUUCAAGUUUUAUAUAUCCAUCAUGUCAAAGGUGCUUCUCUCGGGUAGUCCUUGACUCCAAAAGGUUUACUUGUCCCAAGUGUGGCUCUACUGGUGAAGCUAAAAGUGCCAGUUACAGAUACAAACUUUGCGUAAAAGUGGCAGAGUCCAACAAAUUAUUUGUCAUUACUGUAUUUGGGAGCUGCUUAGAUACAUUUUUUGGACUUACUGCCAAUGGUUUACACAGGUACCUUGAGGAUUCUAGUAAAAUCCCAGAAACCCUGAACAGUGCUAGAACGCAGAGCUUAUUGACCACUGCAGUAGAAAAUUGUUUUGUUGGACAAAGCUUUGUGUUUGGAGUGACGAAUUUUGGAGAUGUAUGUGGACAUGACUCAGAUUCUAAUAACUAUUUGCAACCGUGCUGUAAGCACAAAGAAGACAGGACACUAGUGGCUUCCCAGAUUGUUCUUCCUGUCCCGCAUGUUGCAGGCUUUACUGUCAUUGACUACUUAAACCAUCUUUUGCACAGUUUCAAUUUCAAGAAACAUAACUGUGGCUCUCAGGAACAUAGCAGCCACUCAUUCACUUUAGAUCACUCAGACAGUGAUCUUAGCAGCAUACAGGGCCCUGGGGAAACAUCCUGUUUUCUGGAGUCCUGUAGCAGAGAUGAUUUUUUCAGAUGCUGGCAGCCAUCUCUUGAACUGACUUCUACUGAUUCACAACUAACAGCUAAUGAUGAUGUUCCAACUUCAGAACAAAUCAUGGCCAAUGGUACUCCUAACCAAAACAGACAGCACAUCUUUCCAGAGGUCACUGGUUCUAAGAACUGCCAUGAUCUCCUUCAGAGUUCACGGAGCCUUGUUUCUUCUAUGGACAAGAAUAACACAACAGGAAAGUUGAAUGAAGAAUUUGGUUUACAAGCUAAUCAUCUGAGUCCAGUUUACAGCAGUUGUCAUGAAACUAGACUGUCUGACUCUGAUUUAUUUGCUUCGCAAAUGCAAGAACCCUUUGAGAAUGAUAAUGCAGAAUGCAGUAAAGAAGAAAAAAAUGAUUGUUCCCAAUAUGAUCUCCCAUGUUACCAACACUGUGAAAUAAAUACUGCCACUGUCCUUCAGGACAGAUACGAAUUUUCAUUGUCAUCACUCAAACCUGAAGAAACAGUGAUUGCUUCCCAGAACUGUGACUCCUUGAUUUGGGAUGAUCUGCCAUUCUCUGAAAGCCUGAACAAGUUUCUAGCAGUUGUUGAAAGUGAGAUUGCUAUAAAUGAGACAGGCACUAAGGAUAGAAAACAGGGUAUAGAUGACAUUGAUAAAUUUCACACAAACUACAGCAGGUUAUCAGUGACUCCGUGGAGAAAUGCUAUAGCUUUAAAUACACUACCUUUAGGCUUAAAAUCAUCACAAACAAUGAUGAAUGAAAACUCCAGGAAAGAGACCUUGUUUUCUAACUGUGAGUCUAAUCAAAGUCCUCAAAUUCAAAAAGAAUCAAAACCAGACCUGACAACAGAGGCUGUCAUCAAAGGCAGUAAUAGAAAUGAUACCUCCGAGUAUUUCUUACCAAAUACUUGCUUAUCAGCUCUGUUUACGUCUUCAAAAGGUAUAGAGGUUACCCAAAAGAAGACUACUGGGAUCUUACAGCAAAGGAAUGAAAUCUCACUCAGGCCCAGUACCUCAACAAGUAACUGUUCUUAUCUCAGUAACAAAUGUUUUAAUGGAUGUGGAAAAAAAUUGUAUUCAGGAACAAAAGAAAAAUUGACAAACUUGUAUUCUAAGAAAUAUGGAAAUUUUUCUGAUCGUCACAAAUUAGAAAAUACACAGUAUCGUAGAUUGUCAGAGAGCCAAGAUGACACUUUUACAAUAUGCCGGAAACUCACAUAUCCCUUAGAAAUCCUUUGCAAUAGUCCGAGAAGUACAAAUACAUCGAAAGAAAUAGCUUGCAGGCCUGCCAAUAAUAACUUAACACAGAGUUAUUCCUUUGAUCAGGAAGGUAGCUACAAUGCUUCUGCUGAUCUUUUUGAAGAUAAGAACACUGGAACAGAACUAAUCAAACUGUCACAGGAUGUUUUGUUACGGUUGGAAGCAUCUUGCACAGAAAAUCAUCCUAUAAAUGAGAACUGCAGUCGGCCUUCACAAAAACUACCCUUGCAAAGCAUAUCACCAUCGACAUUUUCAAGAGCGAGGUCUCAGUCAGACUCAGAAUGUGAUUUUGAAGAAAGCCAAGACUUUGUUCCAUGUUCACAGUCAACUCCAGUUGCAGGCUUCCACCAAAGAUUUCAAGGCUUAAGGGGAACUUUCAAAAUGUUGCCUUCCUUAUAUUCAAAUCUUAAUGCUAACUAUAAAGCCACAAAAGUUUCUCCUGAAAAUGGCAAACAUCAAGCUAGCCCAACCUGCCCAAAGAAUGUAAAAACACCUAGCCAGAAAUCCAAAAGUCCCGUUGUAUCUAGUUUAACACAACCAGAGACUUUCAACCACUGCCCUACUGUUGAGUGCCUUGAAAAUGAUGUGGACGAUUGGAUCCCACCUACUACUAAAAAAAUAUUUCUUUCAGAUAUUCUUGGAUUCCAAGUCACAGGUUUAAGAAAAUGCCUUGCUGUCCAUUAUUCCCCUGACCAAAAAGAAUUACCAAGGAAGAAACUGAUAAAAGUCACACAUAAAACCAAAUGUUUAAUUAAGAAGUUAAAGAAUAUAUUUACAGCAACAGUUGAAAAAACAGGUGUCUUAAGAAAAGUCCAUUUUGUGAUGGUUUUUUUAGAAGUAAAAUGUUGCCUUCCAUUUUCAAAAUUGCCGCUUUCAGUAUCUAAAACAAAAAGCAGUUGGUCAUCAAAAUUAAAGUCAUGAAAUUUUAAGUAAAGGCAAAGCUGUUUGGAAAUUUUUAUUUUCACUGACACAGGAAGCAAUCUUCAUAUUUUGAACAUGCAUCUACAGAAAAUUAUAACUAGAGAAUGUACUGAACUGAGUGCUGUUGGAUCUUUCAAGGUUUCACCAUGGC